AUGACACUCGAGAACGAGCUAGUCGGCAAAUUUGGGAAGCCUGCUGGUGAGCCAGCGGUUGCUUCCGCGCUCGAAAGCCUCAUGAAGAUUCACUCACUGGACGUCGAGGAGCUUUAUAUUAAGUGGGAGCAAUUUGCGUAUCACCAGAAUGAGCAAAGCACAGCUCUUAACGUGGACAUGAUCAACGCUUUCAAGCAAUUUCUCCAACAGCAGAUUGAAAAGAAGGCCAGUAUGGCGGGUGGUCCAGGUUCCGCGGCUUCUUCCUUGAAGAAGCCAAAGAUGCUAAGGCCAAACGUUUCAAGCCCUUCGCUCUUUGGCUUUGGGGCCCCCAAGACCCCUACUCUGAAGAAGAGAAGGGUAGAUCAAACCCCUACCCAGUCAAACAUAGAGGGCGACACCAUUUCGCUUGCUUCUCCUACUGAAAAGAAAGAGGCGUCCACAAUGCCUCCGAGUGUAAGGUUGGCAGCGGGCGAGUCCCCUGUAACGCCAUCUUUACUGGCCAACAACCCUGAUCCUGGAAAAGUCGUCGACGUUUUUAACUUGGCUGAUAUUGAGGUGUCUGAGGGGCUGAACCUUGACGGCGAAAAGCUGGUCAAGCCCAUUCCAUUUUACGACAGUGAAAAGUACAAAUUCAGAACAAUGCGACAAAAUCUCUUAGAUGUUGCUGACGUUCUCGACGAGCAGAUCGAAAUAUUCACGAAGGUUUUUCAGGACCACUAUAAGACAACAGCCAGCGAUCCCACUAUUCAGUCUCAGUCAGAAAUAACAGCUGUGGGCAGAAUUGUUCCCGACUCUCCUGCUGCGGACGGCAUGCUGAAUACAGAGUCUUUGGCUUUAGAGACUUCGAGAUUAACAGGUAUCGGAAGAAGAAUACCGCUUAACCUUGAGAGGACAAAAGAGGUCUCUUUGUUUCCAGGGCAGAUUGUUGGCGUUCGUGGUAAAAAUGCUAGCGGCGAUUAUUUUGUCGUUGAGGAGUUCCUGCAAAUUCCUCACCUCAAUUCACCCGUUUCCACAGAAGGGGAGCUACAAUCGUUUAACGAAGAUCUUGACGGCAAGUCAAUGAAAGUCGUUGUUACAAAUGGACCUUACACUGCCUCCAAUUGCUUAGAUUUCGGUAAUCUGGAAGAUUUUGUGGAAAGGCUCAAUGAUGGCGUUAAGCCGCAUGUUGUUAUAAUGUUCGGUCCGUUUCUCGAUGUUACCCACCCAUUAGUCGCGUCUGGAAGGAUACCCGAAUUUCCAGGUGUUAAAGUUCAACCUAAAACAUUAGAUGAAGUGUUUACCAAGAUCAUUUCUCCAAUAUUAAGAAAGAUCAAUUCGAAGAUCCAAGUUGUUCUGGUUCCGUCGACAACAGACACUGCGUCGAACCAUGCUGCAUAUCCGCAAGACUGCUUUGACAGGAAACAGCUGCAACUGCCUAAAAACUUCAAGUGCUUUACAAACCCAUCCACAUUUCAGUUGAAUGAACUGUUUGUCGGGUGUUCCAAUGUUGAUGCCUUCAAAGACAUCAAAGAAGUUGUAAAGGGUGGCGCGACUUGCUCUAAGAACAGAUUUGAUAGAAUAGCCGAGCAUAUCCUAAGCCAACGCAGAUUUUAUCCACUUUUCCCGGGCGCAUUGAAGAGAAGAAAACUUCGAUUGGAGGACGGCCAUGAUGUGUGGGAGCAUGUUAGUGGCGCCGAUUUGGAAGUCUCAUAUCUGGGGCUCACAGAAUUUGUUGCAAAUCUCCUCCCAGACUUAGUUAUCAUUCCAAGCGAGCUCUCAUAUUUCACACGUGUAGUGCAAAACGUUCUCUUUAUCAACCCCGGAAUGUUCAUUAGACCUACGGGAUUACGAGGCACUUUUGCCCAGCUUUCAAUCCUGCCGCCAGACUUGGCAGACGGGCGGCUAACGAAAGUUGAAGGAGAUGAAAUGGUAUAUUUGCACAACCUGUGGAAGAGGUGUAGAGUUGAUAUUGUUACUGCAUGA